AUGUUGAUGAGAUGUACAUUGGACUCAAUCUUUAAAGUGGGGUUUGAUGUGGAGUUAAAGUGUUUGGAUGGGUUUAGUAAAGAAGGGGAAGAGUUUAUGGAAGCUUUUGAUGAAGGUAAUGAUGCAACUAGUUUAAGAUUUAUAGAUCCUCUUUGGAAGCUGAAGUGGUUUCUCAACGUUGGGUCACAAGCUAGACUCAAGAAGAGUAUUGCUACUAUAGAUAAGUUUGUUUAUAGACUCAUUACCACUAAGAGGAAAGAGCUUGCUGAGGAACACAACACUGCUGUUAGAGAGGAUAUAUUAUCUAGAUUCUUAGUGGAGAGUGAGAAAGAUCCGGAGAACAUGAAUGAUAAGUACCUGAGGGAUAUAAUCUUGAGCUUUAUGAUUGCUGGCAAGGACACAACCGCUGCAUCUCUCUCUUGGUUCUUGUACAUGCUCUGCAAGAAUCCACUUGUUCAGGAGAAAAUUGUUCAAGAGAUUAGAGAUGUGACAUCGAGUCAUGAGAAAACAACCGAUGUGAAGGGUUUCGUUGAGAGUAUAGAUGAAGAGGCUCUUGAUCAGAUGCAGUAUCUCCAUGCAGCUUUGUCUGAGACCUUGAGGCUUUACCCUGCUGUCCCUGUGGACACAAGGUGUGCAGAAAAUGAUGAUAUACUUCCAGAUGGACAUAGAGUGAAGAGAGGGGAUAAUGUCUAUUACAUAUCCUAUGCAAUGGGAAGGAUGACUUAUAUUUGGGGGCAAGAUGCUGAGGAAUUCAAGCCAGAGAGAUGGCUUAAGGAUGGUGUUUUCCAACCAGAAUCGCCAUUCAAAUUUAUAAGCUUUCAUGCUGGUCCAAGAAUCUGCCUUGGCAAGGACUUUGCAUACAGGCAAAUGAAGAUAGUAUCAAUGGCACUUCUUCACUUCUUUCGCUUCAAAAUGGCUGAUGAGAAAAGCAACGUGCAUUACAAGAGAAUGCUUACGCUUCAUAUCGAAGGAGGACUCCAUCUCCAUGCAUUCCCGAGGACAAGUACUUGA